AUGGCAAGCACAAACCGAUACCGCCCCCUCCCACCCUCAUCGGAGUACGACCUGCAAUCAGCCCCAAUACCCCCUUCAACCUCCACCCUCCCACCAGCAGAUCAGUUUGCUUUCAGCACAACCCUUCGCAGAUCGAACCCUGACGAGCCAUACUCAAACACUGCCUCUACCGCCGAUCACAGUGCUUACCCACCACCACCACCACAGUUCGCAUCGCACAAACCCAACGCUUUCGAUGCAUCCUAUCGCCAAAUUACAUCGAUAGACCUCGCCUCUUCCUCCCCCUCCCGUUCGACCCCCGUCUCGGCUUCCGCACAGUACACCCAUCUCAGCGUAGAGCAGUGUUUGGAGCGUUUGCACUGUCCAUCUCUCCAAACUGGUCUGACACCACUUCUUGUGCAUGAAGCAAGAAGAGAGGCAGGCGGGUACAACGAGUUUGCAGUGAGAGCCGGCGAUGAUCCGUUUAAGAAGUUUCUCGCCCAGUUUCAAGAGCCCUUGAUAUUGCUUUUGUUGGCGAGUGCCGCGGUUAGCUUAUUGAUCGGACAGAUUGAUGAUGCGCUUAGCAUUACGAUUGCCAUCCUUAUCGUGAUCAGCGUUGCAUUUUACCAGGAGCAAAAGUCCGAAAAGUCGCUAGAAGCGCUGAAUAAGCUCGUUCCCCACUACUGCCACCUGAUUAGGGAUGGAGUAACAAGCAGUGUACUAGCGAACGAGUUGGUACCAGGGGAUAUAGUAACCUUUGCAACAGGAGAUAGAGUGCCAGCAGACGUAAGGAUUGCAGAAUGCCUCUCCUUGCAGGUGGACGAGAGUACAUUGACGGGAGAGAUCAAGCCGAGGAGGAAACAUGCUGAUCUCAUCCCUCGCUCCCACCCCCAAAGUAACGCGGUAAACGGCACCAGCGCGAGUAGUGGCCAGUGUGGGCAAGUGACGUCGAUCAGCGAGCGAGAGAACAUAGCCUUCAUGGGAACCCUCGUCAAAUCUGGUCAUGGAAAAGGCAUCGUUGUUGGUACAGGCGCGAGUACCGAAUUCGGCAUGAUCUUCAGCAUGGUCGAUGAAGUCGUUCAAAAGCGAACACCGCUCCAGUUGAGUAUGGACGAAUUGGCCAAGAAGUUGAGUAUGGUCAGUUUUGCUGUUAUUGCGGUGAUCUGUUUGAUGGGUGUAUGGCAAAGGAGGCCGGCGUUGGAGAUGUUUACUAUUGGUGUAAGUUUGGCUGUUGCUGCUAUUCCCGAAGGUUUGCCCAUCGUUGUUACGGUAACGUUGGCGCUGGGGGUGCUUAGGAUGUCGAACAGGAAGGCGAUCGUAAAGAAGCUUCCCUCGGUCGAAACUCUCGGUUCUGUCUCCGUCGUAUGUUCGGACAAAACGGGCACAUUGACAACAAACAAAAUGACCGUCACGAAAUGCUGGACUGCAGAAGAUGGGAUUAUCGAUGCCGCUCAGCACAUCUCCCAUCGCCACUCGCAAGCACUGUCCAAGGUGCUGUUGACCGGCAAUCUCUGCAACAACUCUCAUAGAAACGAACUAGGCACAAACGUCGGCCAAGCUACGGAUGUUGCACUCGUCAACGUUUUGAGCGUGUUUGGAUUGGAAGAUCAACGACCAUACUUCAAGAGGAGUUCAGAAGUGGCUUUUGAUUCGGAGAAAAAGUUCAUGACGAUCACUGGUACCCUCGCCACCAGCUCUGCAAGUAGGACUGGGGGAUUGGGGGAGGCGGUGUAUAUGAAAGGAGCCUUUGAAGUUGUCUUAGAGAAAAGCAGUACAGUGUUAGGAGCGGAUGGAUCACCGGUGAGACUGGAUGAUGGGUGGAGGAAGAAGAUAGGGGAAGCGGCGAUCAAGUUGUCGAGUCAAGGGUUGAGGGUCGUUGCAUUUGCUUCUGGUUCGAAUGCAAGCUUGACCUUUGCGGGUUUGCAAGCGAUGCAAGAUCCUCCCAGAGCUGGGGUGAAGGAUGCAAUUGCGCAGUUAGCGAGGGGUGGAGUGCAAGUGGUGAUGAUCACGGGUGAUUCCGAGGUGACGGCUGUUGCUAUGGCUCGUCAACUUGGCAUUCUCUCGCCAUCCUCUUCUUCCACCAACACCACUUCCUCCUUCUCCUCCUCCUCCUCCUCCUCUACCACCACCACAGCGGGGGUAUUAACAGGUCACCAAAUCGACACUCUCUCCGAGCGAUCCCUCGUUGAACUCAUCCCCACGAUCUCUGUCUUCGCCCGCACCACCCCUCGGCACAAAAUGUCGAUCAUCUCCGCCCUCCAAUCCUCCGGUCACGUUGUCGCCAUGACAGGAGACGGCGUCAACGAUGCCCCCGCUCUAAAAUUGGCCGAUAUCGGUAUCUCCAUGGGUCGAGGCGGAACCGAUGUCGCAAAAGAAGCCGCAGACGUGAUCCUAGUCGACGACAACUUUGCAACCAUCUUAUCCGCUGUUGAGGAAGGGAAGGGGAUAUUUUAUAAUAUUCAAAAUUUCCUUUCCUUUCAGCUCUCCACCGCCGUCGCAGCACUAACGUUGAUUACGUUGAGUACAGCAUGGGGGUUGAAGUUGCCGCUGAAUGCGAUGCAGAUUCUGUUUAUUAAUAUAUUGAUGGAUGGUCCUCCGAGUCAGAGUUUAGGAGUCGAUCCGGUGGAUAGGAGGAGUGUUAUGGCUAGACCUCCCAGAGCUAAGAACUCUCCUGUUCUUACCCGCCGGCUCUUUUAUCGGAUUGCGUUUUCGGCGACGAUGGUGGUGUUGGGUACACUCUACGUAUACAUUCACGAGUUGGCUCCAGCGGAUAUCGAACCAGAUCCCUCAGCAGCGGUGGGAGGCAAGGUAGCAGAUCAGAGAGAUUCGACAAUGACUUUCACCUGCUUCGUAUUCCUCGAUCUCGUUUCUGCUGUUCAGAAUAGAGGCCUGCAUACGGGGAUCACCGCGAACAGGAUGUUAGGGUUGACAGUUAGUAUAAGUUUGCUGGCACAGCUGGGGAUGGUGUAUCUGCCGCCAUUGCAGGGUGUGUUUCAGACGACUGGGUUGGCGCUGGCAGAUUUGGUGUUUUUGGCUGGGAUCGCGGCGGUUAGUUUUGGGUUGCAUCAAGUUAGGAGAACUUGGGAGCGAAGGGUGGCAGAGGAAGAGACCAAGCAACUCGUUGCGACUGGGAGCGGGGAUUGGGCGUAA